AUGAAAAAUCAUAAUCUGUUUGCAAGAAAAUUUAUUAUUCGAAUUUUAUUUCUGUUUAUCAUCUUAUUACAUGGAUUACAUGUUCAAGCUCAAGAGGUUUUACUAAAUUGUGAUGCUAAUACUCACUAUACUUCUGGUAGUGAAUAUGAAACCAAUCUUAAAAAAUUUCUUCUUCCAUCUUUGGUUUCAAAUGGUUCUAUUAAUGGAUUUUUCAAUACUUCAGUGGUAACUAAUGCAAAUAAUACUGUAUAUGGACUUGUUCAGUGCCGCGGUGAUAUUUCCAAGGAUGCUUGCAAAACUUGUUUAAAUGAAUCAACUGCUGUUGUCAUUCAGAAAUGUUCGAAGCAUAUAGAUGUCGAUAUUCGUCUUGAAACAUGUCUUUUAAGUUACUCGAAUACUAGAUUCUUCGGAUUAGUUGAUAAAAGUAAGAUUGGUUGGAGUUGGAUUCCGGAAAAUGUAACUGAUCCGGUUUUAUUCAAUCAUCAACCAGUUGAAUGUACUCGAGAUUUAUCAAGAGAUUCUUGUACAUCUUUCUUGCAAGAUAUGAUUAGUAGAAUUCCUGUUCAUCUUAAUGGAUUAAGAGGAGGACAUAUAUAUACUCAAAGUUGUUUUCUCAGAUAUUAUGAUCAUUUAUUCUACGAAUUAGCACCACCACCACCACCAUCAGGUCCAUCACCGUCUGAUUUCGGAAAAGUGACAGAUCCGUUGCCUGGGCCAAAACCAUCACGUACAAAUACUGUUGCAGUCGCUGUUCCUGUGGUUGUUGGAGUUUUGUUGGUAUUAGCAGUGUGUUUUUACUUCUUAAGGAGAAAGAGAAGGGUGACAAAUAAAUUUGAUAUUCCGGCUUCCACGGUUCAAAUCGAAAAUCAAGACUCUUUGCAAUUCGACUUGGUUACAAUUAGAAAUGCUACAGAUGAGUUCUCUGAUGCUAACAAGCUUGUCGAGGGUGGUUUUAGGGUAGUCUACAAGGGUAAGCUUCGAAAUGGGCAAGAAAUAGCGGUGAAGCGUCUCUCUGUGAAUUCAGGACAAGGAUUGCAGGAAUUCAAGAAUGAGGUGGUUUUGCUAAAUAAGCUUCAACAUAGAAAUCUUGUCAGACUUUUGGAUUUUUGUUUCCAAGGCCAUGAGCAGAUACUCAUCUACGAACAUGUAGCCAAUGGAAGUCUCGACAAGUAUCUAUUUGAUACCGAAAGAAAAGCUCUUUUGGAUUGGGAAAAGCGCUACAAAAUCAUAGGAGGGAUUGCCAGGGGACUUCUAUAUCUUCACGAAGAUUCUCGGCUUAGAAUUAUUCACAGGGAUCUCAAAGCAGGUAAUAUUUUGUUAGCUGAGGAAAUGGAAGCGAAAAUUGCAGACUUUGGCAUGGCUAAGCUUUUCGAAGUCGAUCAAACACAGGGUAACACAAGUAGAAUUGCCGGAACAUAUGGUUACAUGGCCCCAGAAUAUGCAUUGCAUGGACUAUUUUCUGUGAAGUCAGAUGUUUAUGUCCUGUUUGGUUUUGGGGUUUUGCUCUUGGAAAUCGUAAGUGGACGGAAGAUUUCCAGUUUCUAUGAGUCAGCUUCAUCACCAGACCUUCUAAGCUAUUCAUGGAAAAGCUGGAGAGAUGGUACACCUUUGGAGGUGAUGGAUACAACUUCAUCUGGAAGUUUUUCGCGAAAUGAAGUGAUUAGAAGUAUACACAUUGGAUUAUUAUGUGUGCAAGAUAAUAUCGAAGAUAGACCCACCAUGUCUUCUGUUGUUUUGAUGCUCAGUAGCUACUCAAUUACUCUAGCAUCAACUUCACAGCCUGCACAUUUUGCAGGAAGCGUAAUGGGAUUGAAUAUGCCCAACUCUUUAGAACAAUCUAAGAGCCGCUCAAAAUCAUAUUCUGUAAACGACAUUUCUGUUAGCGAGACAUACCCAGAUAACGGUGGUUUAAAAUUACCCUUGCGUGCCUGCAUAUAG